AGCAAGCAAGCUUUUACCUUUAACCACCUCCUUCUCGUUUUGCUCCCAUGGCUAAGAUUCAUCCUUGUCCAUGGAACGACCUCCCUCAUGACCUCCUCGGCGAGAUCGCAAACCGCCUCCCAUGCCUCGUUGAUCGCGUGUACAUGUCUACUGUGUGCCACAAUUGGUGGGUGGCUAUCCCACACUCCCAAGAUCUACACCAGCUCCCGUGGCUCCUCCUCCCAAAUCCCUCCACCACACCUCUCCCUCUUCCUCCGGUGUCAGGAAGCACGCGAACGGAAGCCUUCUAUUGUAUCCUUGACAAUGGAUCUACCCACAACCUCCGCAUCGGGUAUGAUAUAGGUGGGGCACGCUUCUUCGGAUCCUAUGAUGGAGGUUGGCUCUUCCUCGCCCUCGGCCAGACAAACCACCACAUGCUCCUCAACCUCCAUACCAACCAUCGCUUCCUUCUCCCUGAUUCCAUCUCGGUGGGUUUUGAUGGUCAAGAUGUACCGAGUCCUAUGUCCAUGGUCAUCACCUCUGCGACCCUAUCUUCCUCGCCGACACCAAACACACAGUGCUUUGGUGCUGCUAUUGUUGACUUAAAUUUUUUUCCGCACAUGAUCCCUCAAACACAACUUGCCUUUUGGCGGAUGGAUGGUGCCAGUCAUCAUCGUCCAGUCGCGACGGGCUUCAUGGGUAAUUUAUUGGAUCCAUGGUUCCGGUUUGAGGAUGUCAUACAUCAUGAAGGAGCCUUCCAUUUCCUUACCGACACAGAGCAUGUUAUCAGAUACAACAUAGUAGAUUUACAAGAAGGUGUCAGGUUUAAAGUUGGUGUGAAUCGAUACUAUUUUCGAAGGAGGUCACCACACAACUCCAACGUGAUGGUCACUUCUCGCUACCUUGUGGAGUCCCGCGGGGAACUACUGAUGGUCCUUAGGUUGGUGAAACUUUGUGCAAGACAGGUUGUUUCCCUACAAGCAGGGGCAUUCCAGGUGUACCGGGUGAUGCGACACACCAACGAAGUGGGAUUGGUUGAACUCGGUUGGACCGAGCUUCCUAGGCUAGACGGAAGGAUGUUGUUUGUCGCACGAGGAUGCUCUAGGUCCUAUGAGGUGGAUGAUUUUCCCGGCGUUGGCCUUCAAGAUGGUGUCUACUUCUUGGACGAUGCAAACUCUGAUUGCGUGGCGGUGAUGCUCGAGCACUCUGCGCUUCGGCGGUACACCUGCAAUGACAAUGGGAGGUAUCGAUGGGUGGAUGGGAUGCCGCCAAGCCGAGACCUUCGGCGUUGGUUCCCUGACAAGGAACAAUCUAACUACUCGUCUCCAACUUGGUUUCUCCCUUGAGGCCAUAUGCAUGUUUCAGUUGGAUAGAGGAUGAUGCUCUAAUUAAGUUCUAUUCUCCACAUCAUGUUGCUCUAUACUACAUUUUGAUAUGUUGUUUCAACUUGCUACCUUUGAGAUAGUGCUUGAUCCCAUAUUUGGAGCUUAAAGACUUGUAGU